UAGGGAGCUAGGGAGGUAUUUUUCUCUUCCGCUGACCAGGCAAUACUGGGCAUGCCAUUAAGACUGACACUAGUGACACUUCAUCAGCUUCAUCUAUAUACUUGUUUGCAAGUGCGCCGGGUUGAUUAUUUUUAUUUUUCCAUAAGUGCAAUAACCGAAAGAUAAAAGCUAUCAUUAGCAGCAUAAUAUUCAUAUUUUACUGAACACUCUGAGUGUAACGUUGUGAACAGAAAGGUCAGGAAGUAGGCAAAUAUGAAGAGUAAGAAAGAUAAAGCUAAAAAAUCGGCACCAAAACAAGAAAGAUCCUUGGCCCUAAGAUACCUAGUGUUCAUAAUACUAGCUGUACUCCCCAUCCCCGCAGCAUACUGUGUGUUCUACAUUUUUGCCGGUCAACCCCCUGUGCCGGAGAUGGACCUCAAGACUUGGUGGGGUCCGUACCCCAUCAGUCAGAAACCUGAUGUCUCCAUUAGACCUUUCAAAAUUGAGUUCUCUGAUGUGAUAGUAAACGACUUAAGAGAGCGUCUGCUCCACCGACGUCCGUUCGCCCCUCCACUCGAAGACGCCGGCUUCACCUACGGCUUCAACUCGGACUUCCUGAAACGCAUGCUCGACUUCUGGCAGAACAAGUACGACUUCAAGCAGCGGGAGCAGUUCCUCAACCAGUAUAGACAGUUUCUGACUAACAUACAGGGCUUGGAUAUACAUUAUGUGCAUGUAAAGCCGAAGCCUGAUGCUGAAUUGAAGUCAGUGGCAGUGCCACUACUUCUACUGCACGGCUGGCCCGGUUCAGUGCGGGAGUUCUACGAGAUGAUACCUAAGCUGACCACGCCGCGAGCCCAGCACGACUUCGUCUUCGAGCUGUUUAUCCCCAGCCUGCCUGGCUUCGGCUUCUCACAGGGCGCCUCAAGAGCCGGCCUGGGCCCAGCAGAAAUCGCAGUGGUACUCCACAACCUGAUGCAGCGUUUAGGCGUAACGAAGUACUACAUCCAGGGCGGAGACGCGGGCCAUGCUAUAGGGUCGCACAUGGCAACAUUAUUCCCAGAGAACGUACUAGGGUUUCAUACAAACUUCCCUGUGCUGACAUUCAACCCGUAUGCGCAUUUUUAUAACUUUUUAGGUCAAUUUUGGCCCAGCCUCAUUGUGGAGCCCGAGCUACAAAGCCGAAUGUACCCGUGGGAUGAGAAGACCAAAUACCUCAUCGAGGAGUCCGGGUACAUGCACAUCCAGGCGACCAAACCGGAUACUAUUGGCACGGCCCUGACCGACUCCCCGGCCGGCCUGGCCGCCUACAUCCUGGAGAAGUUCUCCACGUGGACCGACCCCACCUUCAGGAAGGCUGGCGACGGCCACCUGCUCUCCAAGUUCUCACUGACGUCCCUGCUUGACAACGUCAUGAUCUACUGGACUUCGAAUAGCAUUACUACUUCUAUGCGAUUGUAUGCAGAGACCUUUUCCAAGAAGCAGCAAAGUCUGAGGCUAGAUGAAGUUCCAACCGUAGUCCCAACAUGGGGCAUCAAGUUCAAACACGAGCUGAUCUUCCAACCCGACCAGUUCCUGAGGCUGAAGUACAAAAACUACCUGCACAGCACCGUGGUAGAAGCCGGAGGGCACUUUGCUGCCUUGGAACACCCUGAUAUCUUGGCUGAUGAUGUGUUUGAGGCUGUGGAAGCGUUCCGGCAUUUCCAUGCGAAGAAUAAACCAGAACAAAAACCGAAAACAAUCUACGACUUCACAGUAAAAGACAUCAACGGCAAUAACGUGAAUCUCGACAAAUACAAGGGCUACGUUUUAAUCAUCGUCAACGUGGCCUCCCAGUGCGGUUACACCGACAACCACUACAAAGAACUCAACCAGCUAUACGACAAAUACGCCGAGAAGGGUCUACGCAUACUGGCCUUCCCUUGCAACCAGUUCGGCAACCAAGAACCGGGGAGCCUUAAAGAUAUCCUAACAUUCGCUAAAAACAAAGGAGCGAAAUUCGAUCUGUUUGAAAAAGUAGAAGUGAACGGGGAGAACGCUCAUCCGCUGUGGAAGUUUUUGAAAGAAGCUCAAAGCGGAAUGCUGACUAAUGCUAUCAAGUGGAACUUUUCUAAGUUCAUCGUGGACAGGAACGGGGUGCCCGUGGAGCGGUUCGGGCCCAGCACGAGCCCGGCGGCGCUGGAGCCGCGGCUGGCGCGCUACUGGUGAUGGGUGCUGCCGCUGGAGCGCCUGCGGGCCG